AUGACACCUGAUUCCUCCUUACCGCCGACAAUUCUUGAGUCUUUCCAGAGCAAGAUAUACGUCCUAGAACUUGACGUUAAGGUUACGGUCAAGACUGUGAAAGCUUCUGGUGCCACUACAAAGAACACGCCGCCCCCUGAGAUGUUGUUCUACACACCUAUCGUGGAGCAUGAGACGACUGCUGAUGAGUUUCUAAAUCGUCCAAUGCUGAAUCAGAUCCUUGGUUCAAGGACCAUCUCCGCCAAGCGCCCUGAGAUUAAACAAGACAAUGAGGCUGGAGUUGUACUAGCAACUAUGACAUAUGUGCUUGAUCCUAUCACCGAGGUGCUUCAUGCAAUGUUUCCUGGCAAAUGGACUCUUCACUCAGAGCAGACCCAGGUCGAGAAAAACGCACAGAAAAACGCACAGAAAGACGAACAGAGAGAAAACGUUGGGGAAUCUGCUCUCCGUACUGACUUGAUCUUCAAAACCUCCGGUUCCAAGGAAACAAUUGCAGUCGUCGAGUUCAAGCGACGACAAUACAUUCGCUACAAAGACUUUGAGGACGCUAUCGUUGUGGAGAAUCCAACAUUAGAAGACCGCAAGAAUAAGGAAGCCCAUCUUACUGAGAAGGGCACAGGCACCUUACUGCAAAAUAACGCAGAACCCUACGGCAGGCAAGUUCGGGCCUAUGCCAUCCGCACAGAAUGCAAGCAUGUCGCACUCUUCAACUGGGACCAUCUACUACUGUUCGAUUUUGACCCAAUCAAGCCUAAGAUGAAUGGCAAACCCGCAUCAGCCAGCGCUAGACCAAAAGUGUCUUGGGUACAGGAGAGCGACGAAGGAACUGGCUCCAUGGAGUCAGGUCUCAUUCGCAAAGUUCUCCUAGGCUGGCUUCUGAAGGCAUUUGAAGACGCCGGAAUCGAAAUUGAGUCCAGAGAAUAG